UUCCAGAAAGAAUCCGCCCACCGACAUGGCGGAGGCCGGGCUCACCGACUACGAGCGCCGGCGCGAGGAGAACAUCCGCCGCAACGAGACCAUCCUCGCCUCCCUCCGCCGGCAGGUCGCUGAGCUCUCCGCCUCCGUCCGCCCCUCCCCCAGCCUCAAGCGCCCCAAGAAGGAGCAGCCCCGCGCGAGGCCGGCAGGACCCGUCGUCCUCCGCCGCUCCCCCCGCACCCGCGGCAUUGCCCCCGGCGAGCCCUCCGCCUCCACCGGCGCCAACACCUCCCCGGCUGCGCCGCCGUCCCCGACAAAGCCUCGCACCACCCGGUUCUCCUCCUCCCUCGCCUCCGCCCUGCGAGACGCCACCGCCGUCAAGCCCCCGCCGCGGCCGGAGGGCGGUAUCUGCGCGGCGGACGGGUUCGACGCCGGGAGGGAGCUGGUGCUGCGUUCCGCGAACGUGAGGAGAGUGGUGCCUGAGCGCAUACUCUCGGUGCGGAUCCUGCCGUUGGCCGACCGGACCGUGGUGGCCGCCGGGAACAAGCUCGGACAUAUCGGACUCUGGGAUGUGGAUGGUCUCGUGGAGGAUGAGGAGGACGGAGAUGGUGCAAAUGGGGUGUUCCAGUAUUUUCCCCACAGGGGUUCUGUUGGGGGUAUUGUGAUGCACCCUGACGCGCAGAGGAAGAUUUACAGUUGUAGUUAUCAAGGUGAAAUUUGUCUUAUGGAUGUUGAGAAGGAGAACUUUAAUGUGAUCCACUUGUGUGACUAUCCCAUUUUCUCGCUUUGUCAAGCACCAAAUAGUCCCAGCUCCCUUUAUUUUGCCGAGGGCAAUGACUUGAAACUUUACGAUGAAAGGACGGGUAAGGUGUCAGCUACAUGGAAUUUACAUGACCAUAGAAUCAACUCAAUAGAUUUUCGCCCAGAAAACCCAUAUGUGUUUGCCACAAGCUCGACGGAUCGAACAGUAUGUAUAUGGGAUAUGAGAAGCAUGAAAAAGGAGGGUCCAGAGAAGUUGAAAGUUUUGGAGUACAACAGAGCCAUUCAAUCAGCUUAUUUCUCACCCAGUGGCAAUAUGCUUGCAACAACCAGCCUUGAUGACACUGUCCGAAUUUUUAACAUGGAUAACUUUGAUGAGUCAUGUAUUCUUAAGCAUGAUAACAGGACAGGCAGAUGGCUGUCCACGUUCAAGGCAAUCUGGAGCUGGAACGAUAACAACCUCUUUGUUGGGAACAUGAAAAGAGCAAUAGAUGUUAUCUCAGUUGAUCACAGUGGGAAGAGCCUCUCGGCUUCGUAUACGGCGUUUCUUCAGAGUGAACACAUGACAGCCAUCCCAGGCCGGUUUUCGCUGCACCCCUACAAAGUUGGCCAUCUGGCUGGUGCAAGCUCCAGUGGUAAGGUGUUUCUCUGGACCAGAGCUUGAAGGAUCUGGUAGUAAGGUGUUUCUCGGGACCAGAUCUAGCAUGAAGCAACAAGAUCUUAACGGACUGACCUGUGAAAUCGGCUUGCCUGUCCUGCUAUGCCAAAGUUCCUGACCGGGGAGAUCCCCAACUCGUGGCUGAGUACAACACCUGAUGCUUGUUUAGCAUCACCGUGCUAUCAAAUUUAUAACAGUGAGCACCGCAUAACUAUUAGGUAUUGUAAUAUCUAAUAUGCAUGGGAUGGAGCUGAUGCCUUAUCUAGUUAUUAACUGGCAUUUACCCAUGUGAAUGCACCGCCUACCCGCUACCAUCUUAGUCUGUUUUAUCUAUAAUUGUUUAGAAGUUUCUUGUUGAGGAUGAUUU